UCUCCCUUUCCCAUUACCUCCAUUUUGUGAUUAACCUUUUGAAGUUUGAAUGACUUGAGCUCCUCAAUUAGAUCUUUCAAAUUGUUGUGAGAAGAGAGCCACCAACCUGAAUUGUUUUCUUUGUAGCAUCACUUAGAGUUUUGACUCUUCUCCGAAUUUCUACACUUCCAAACUCAUUCAAGUUUCUCCAUUCUUUCGCCUCCAAUUCUCAGCACAUCUACCAGCAACUUCUCAUUGAAAAACUGGUCUGCAUAAAUAGGCCAAGUCACCAUUGGCAAACUUGCGAUGACACUUUCAAACACAGUGUUCAUCCCACAGUGAGUCACCACACCUCCAGUGACAGGAUGCUCUAGUAUAACAAGUUGCGGUGCCCAACCCCAUAUUAGGUAACCCUUGCUGCUUUCUUGCACCCUCUUCUCAAAUUCUUCCAGAAAAACCCUAGUAGCCCCUUCAUCAAUUUUCCUAACCACCCAGAUGAAAUCAUGGCCAGAAUCUUAAAGUGCAUGUGAGCUAUUUCAACAAGUUGUGUGGAAAAGAACUUGUUCAUGCUCCCAAAGCUCACGUAGAGAACAGAUUCCUCUUUUCUUAGAAUCAAGCCAUGUAAGCAACCCUUCUUCUUUUCCUUUGCCUUCUUCUUUGGCAUGUCCCCUACAAGCCUUAUCUGAAUCAUCUUGGUUCACCCAUAACGAAACCGGUCCUAUGCUCCAACUCUUGGUACACAUGACUUUCUUGUAAUGCUCCUCGUAAGCUCCCUCAAACUCAUAAAAGCUUUUGAACAGCGAUCCUUAGCUCUUUUUAUUCGAUUCUGUCAUCAUCUUCUUUAAAUGGGUGUAGCCAUUUGGUGCUUUAAGCCAAUCCGGGAAGCACAAAACUCUCGCCAUCUGAAUCUACCUUUGUCUGCAGUGCAAACUGUUCGACGCAGUUCAUUGCCCAGUGAGCAACAUAACUUGCACCACCGACAUAAACCAACCUAGGAAUUCCCAAAUCAGCGGCAGCAUCAGCAGUCCAAGGGUAGAACAUGUCAGUGACUAUGAAAUCUGGUUGCAUGUCAUGAAAGAGUUGUUGGAAUUGCCCUUGGAGAAUGAACAGUGCCUCCAUGAGUUUGGUCUACAAGGAUUGAGGAGUGUCCGCGUUGAUGGUCUCCACCCCUUCUGGCAAACCAGGCAGGGGUGGAAACUUCACAAGGUGGGUUCGAAUGGAUCGACCGCGAGUAGAAUCGCUAUCGAUGGAGCUUUGGAAAAUGGCGGCGUUUGCCGAUAUGCUAAUUACCGUGACACCCACGCCAUGCAUGGCGAAGAGCCUGGCAAUGUCUACUAAUGGAAUUAGGUGACUUGUUGAUAUAAAGGGAAGAAAAAUAGCCUUCAGAAUUUCAGCUGCCUCGCCAAAGGAUUCCAUGAUCUUCAAUAUAGAAUGGAGAAUUUGUGUUUUUCUAUAUAGUCAGGGAUAAAGAUUGAGUACUAUUCUCGAGAGUCUAGAUAAAAUUGAUGCAGUCUUUGAGAGGCCUCUCAUCCGUACACUAACAGUUUUCUCCCCCAGAAACUCCUUUAGUUCUUUCCUUCCCCCUAUUUAUUCCAUGUGCCCUAAGUAACCUUUCCCCAACUAACUCCUUGCCGUUCUGUGUUACAAUUGUUACUCUGGAAAAUCGAAAUAAUACUUGUCCCCUUUUAAGUUGUCUAUAACAUACACUCUUUAACUAAUUGAUAGUUGUCUCUCCCCUUUUUAAUUCAAUCACCAAAAUGCCUACAAAAAAUAUAAAAUUUUGCACUUUUGUUGAUUUAUGAUACAGAAAUUGAUAUUGAUGCAUUGCUCGAGAAAGACUUAUUGACUCUAGAUGAGGCCAUGAAGACUGCUAAUGAUGCAGUUUUGCUAGCUAUUAAGACUGUCUCGGUUCUAAAAUCUGAGAUGCACAGAACAUUUAUAGAUAGAUUGAAUGAUGGCAGGAAAGAGGCCAGCUCUUCAGAAAUUAAUAAAAUAUUGGAAUCCUAUAUAGAAGCAGGGAUUGGAUUUGGAGCUGCAUAUAACAUCAAAUCUUCAAUUUUGCAGUCUAUAUUUGAUAGUCCUUUCCUGGGUGUUGGUUUGAAGGAUCCAAAUAGCGUAGUUAUAUGUACUCUUGCGUGUUCAGAACCCAUCAGGAUAGUCAUAUAGGAAUCUUUCUGCAUACUUUCCGUCAAACAACAAAAUACACAAGGGAUAUUAUAAUAUCAACAAUAUAUGACCCUACUGUUGAGCCCAACCUACUCAUAACAGCAGUCCUUACACUUGGGUAAGUUUGAUUUUUUAAGUGUUUUUUGUGGAAUAAAUUAAUUAAGAAGAUAUUUUUAUCGAGACAAAAAGGAAGGCAAGUUGGGUAAAUAUCUUGAAGAUAUUAAUGUUU